AAGAAAUGGACGAUGACGAAGAAGUAGCUAUCGAAAUUACAGUCUCCAACUUGAACACCUGUUGUAUCACUUGUUUGAUUUCCUACGAUGACAACGAUUGUGUGGAACUCGCGGACUCUUACCUGACGGCGGAUAAAAGCGUUCCAAUUGUAGAUGCACUUAAAAAAGUGACCAACAUCGAUGUUUCUUCGAACGAAAGCUUACCCACUAGAAUAUGUGGCUCCUGUUUAGAAAGGUUGGACGGUGCCUAUUGCUUCAUCCGAGACGCUUGCGUCAGCCGCGUAAUACUGCAAGACUAUCUGCGCACCAAAGACGACGGUUACCGGUUAGAGCAGGACCAGCAGCCGGAUGAUACGAACACUUUUAAUGCCCAAGACGAAGCAGAGGUCGCUGACGAUGGAACACAAACAGAAGACCCAAACGAUAUGAGUGCACCAACCGAUAACGGAAGUGAUGCAGGUUCCGAUGACGAGAAUACAGUGGAUGAGAUAAAUGCUGUGAACAUCAUCCGACGGAGAUUGAAAACAGAAACGGGCCGACCACGAUCUUCGACUACUCCGGAAAAGGGGAAUCGCAAGCGAAACGCAAGACCCAGAACAAGGUACAAGUGUGACGAGUGUAAUUAUACUUUCGCACGGAGCUCAAACUUGGUGGAUCAUAAACGGCUUCAUAUGAAUGUGAAACUGUUUUCUUGCGACUACUGCGAUAAAUCCUUCGUGCAGGUCGGUAAUUUGAAGACUCACAUGCGAACGCAUACAUGUGAAAAGCCUUACGUCUGCCCGCUGUGUGAAAAAGCGUACACGCAAUCGAGCUCCCUCAAAACGCACAUGAAUUCACACAUUAACAACAAACCCCACGCAUGCGACACGUGCGAGAAAGCCUUCACAAACAGCUCCGAUCUCACCAAGCACAAAGCGACCCACCGUAAGGAAAAACAGUACAUGUGUACGAUCUGUGAGAAUCGCUAUUUCACUCAAAAAGUACACUUGCGGUCCCACCUACUAAGGAUGCAUCCGAGGGUUGACCUAACUAAAUAUAUGUCUCUGGGGAACACAGUGCCGCUAAGGAACACAGUGUAAAUUGAUAUAAACUAAGAUCAAUGUUUUUUCUCUCUCCAUGAUUAAUCCUUAGAAAUCGGAGGAAUUCAGGAAGUUUCUAUAAAACACUCAAUUAAAGUAAACUUGUUUUUAACGCAAUUUAAAGCGCACGGUACGUUUCUUUUCGUUUCGUCCGUUGUGUUGCAAUAUCCUGAGACGGUGUCAAUGCAUUUGAAAAUGUAUGACUGAUUUGUUGCACAACGA